AUGGAUGAAAUGGAAAAUGGCAACAGGCGUACUGUGCGACAAGAAAGUCCCUGUUUGACUGAAGUCGAAGAUCUACAGGACGGUUGUGCGUCCUGUUGCCCUUUACGGAUGCGAGGCGAGUGCUGGCCGACGACGAAAGCCUUGGUAAGAGUGUUGCACGCUAUGGAGAUGCGGAUGUUGAGGUGGACGAUAGGUGUAACGCUAAAAGAGAAAGUAUCCAAUGACACUGUACGCUCCAUCUUCGGCGUCGUCCCGAUAACUGAGAAGAUGAAGGAGGCGCGACUGAGAUGGUUUGGUCACGUCUUGCGGCGAGAGGAAGAUUCUGUUGCCAAAACCGCUCUGAAGCUCGACGUUUCAAUAGUGAGGCCGCGUGGGAGGCCAAAGAUUCGCUGGUUAGAACGUGUGAAGCUGGAUAUGAUAGAUGCGCGUUUGUGUACGGCUGAUGCAAUGGAUAGAACCAAAUGGAAUACAAGAAGCGGAAAGGCGGACCCUGCAACAACGCGGGACAAACGCUAG